AUGGACGUGGACGUGGUCGUGGACGUGGUCGUGGACGUGGACGUGGACGUGGACGUGGACGUGGACGUGGACAUGGACGUGGACGUGGACGUGGACGUGGACAUGGACGUGGACGUGGACGUGGACGUGGUCGUGGACGUGGACGUGGACGUAAUCGUGGACGUGGAAGUGGACGUGGACCUGGACCUGGACGUGGACGUGGACGUGGUCGUGGACCUGGACCUAGACGUGGACGUGGACGUGGACGUGGACGUGGUCGUGGACGUGGACGUGGACGUGGACGUGGUCGUGGACGUAGACGUGGACGUGGACGUGGACCUAGACGUGGACGUGGACGUGGACAUGGACUUGGACGUGGACGUGGUCGUGGACGUGGACGUGGAAGUGGACGUGGUCGUGGACGUGGACGUGGAAGUGGACGUAGUCGUAGUCGUGGACGUGGACCAGGACCUGGACGUGGACGUGGACGUGGUCGUGGACGUGGACGUGGUCGUGGACGUGGACGUGGACGUGGACGUGGACGUGGACGUGGACGUGGACGUGGACAUGGACGUGGACGUGGACUUGGACGUGGACGUGGACGUGGACAUCGACGUGGACGUGGAUCUGGACGUAGACGUGGACGUAGACGUGGACGUGGACGUGGUCGUGGACGUGGACAUGGACGUGGGCGUGGACGUGGACGUGGACGUGGACGUGGACCUGGACGUGGACGUGGACAUGGACGUGGACGAGGACUUGGACGUGGACGUGGACGUGGACAUCGACGUCGACGUGGACCUGGACGUAGACGUGGACGUGGACGUGGUCGUGGACCUGGACGUGGUCGUGGACGUGGUCGUGGACGUGGACGUGGACGUGGAGUUGGACUUGGACGUGGACGUGGACGGGGACAUGGACGUGGUCGUGGACGUGGACGUGGACGUGGUCGUGGACCUGGACGUGGACGUGGACGUGGACGUGGUCGUAGACGUGGACGUGGACGUGGACCUGGACGUGGACCUGGACGUGGACGUGGACUUGGACGUGGACCUGGUCGUGGACGUGGACGUGGACGUGGUCGCGGACGUGGACGCGGACGUGGACCUGGACGUGGAGGUGGAGGUGGACGUAAACUUGGACGUGAACGUCGACGUGGACGUGGAGGACGUGGACGUGGACGUGGAGGACGUGGACGUGGACGUGGACGUGGACCUGGACGUGGAUGUGGACGUGGACGUGGACUUGGACAUGGACGUGGACGUGGACUUGGAGGACGUGGACGUGGACGUGGAGGACGUGGACGUGGACGUGGAAGUGGAGGACGUGGACGUGGACGUGGAGGACGUGGACGUGGACGUGGACGUGGUCGUAGACGUGGACGUGGACGUGGACAUGGACGUGGACGUGGACGUGGUCGUAGACGUAGUCGUGGACGUGGACGUGGUCGUGGACGUGGACGUGGUCGUGGUCGUGGACGUGGACGUGGACGUGGACGUGGUCGUGGACGUGGACGUGGUCGUGGACGUGGACGUGGACGUGGACGUGGACCUGGACGUGGACGUGGACGUGGACGUGCACAUGGUCGUGGACGUGGACGUGGACGUGGUCGUGGACGUGGACCUGGACGUGGACGUGAACCUGGACCUGGACCUGGACGUGGACGUGGUCGUCGACAUGGACGUGGUCGUGGACGUGGACGUGGACGUGGACCUGGACAUGGACGUGGACGUGGUCGUGGACAUGGACGUUGAGGUGGACGUGGUCGUGGACGUGGACCUGGACGUGGACGUGGACCUAAACGUGGACGUGGACGUGGACUUGGUCGUGGACGUGGACGUGGACGUGGUCGUGGUCGUGGACGUGGACGUAGACGUGGACUUGGACGUGGUCGUAGACAUGGACGUGGUCGUGGACGUGGACGUGGUCGUGGACGAGGACGUGGACGUGGACGUGGUCGUGGACGUGGAUGUGGACCUGGACGUGGUCGUGGACGAGGACGUGGACGUGGACGUGGUCGUGGAUCAGGACGUGGACGAGGACGUGGUCGUGGACGUGGACGUGGACGUGGACGUGGUCGUGGACGUGGACGUGGACGUGGACGUGGACGUGGAACUGGAUGUGGUCGUGGACGUGGACGUGGACGUGGUCGUGGACGUGGACGUGGUCAUGGACGUGGACGUGGUGGUGGACGUGGACGUGGUCGUGGACGUGGACGUGGACGUGGACGUGGACGUGGACGUGGACGUGGACCUGGACGUGGACGUGGACGUGGAGGUGGACGUGGUCGUGGACGUGGUGGACGUGGACGUGGACGUGGAGGACGUGGACGUUGACGUGGACCUGGACGUGGACGUGGACGUGGUCUUGGACGUGGACGUGGUCGUGGACGUGGACGUGGACGUGGACCUGGACGUGGAUGUGGACGUGGACGUGGACGUGGACGUGGACGUGGACGUGGACGUGGUCGUGGACGUGGACGUGGACGAGGACGUGGACUUGGACGUGGACAUGGACGUGGACGUGGACGUGGACGUGGAUGUGGACGUGGACGAGGACUUGGACUUGGACGUGGACGUGGACGUGGACGUGGUCGUGGACGUGGUCGUGGACGUGGACGUGGACGUGGACGUGUACGUGGACCUAGACGUGGACGUGGACGUGGACGUGGACGUGGUCAUGGACGUGGACGUGGACGUGGACGUGGUCGUGGACGUGGACGUGGACGUGGACGUGGACGUGGACGUGGUCGUGGAUGUGGACAUGGACGUGGACGUGGACGUUGUCGUGGACGUGGUCGUGGAUGUGGACGUGGUCGUGGACGUGGACGUGGAUAUGGACGUGGACGUGGACGUGGACGUGGACAUGGACGUGGACGUGGACGUGGAGGUGGACGUGGUCGUGGACGUGGUGGACGUGGAUGUGGACGUGGAGGAAGUGGACGUUGACGUGGACCUGGACGUGGACGUGGACGUGGUCUUGGACGUGGACGUGGUCGUGGACGUGGACGUGGACGUGGACCUGGACGUGGAUGUGGACGUGGACGUGGUCGACGUGGACGUGGACGUGGACGUGGUCGUGGACGUGGACGUGGACGAGGACGUGGACUUGGACGUGGACAUGGACGUGGACGUAGACGUGGACGUGGACGUGGACGAGGACUUGGACUUGGACGUGGACGUGGACGUGGACGUGGUCGUGGACGUGGUCGUGGACGUGGACGUGGACGUGUACGUGGACCUAGACGUGGACGUGGACGUGGACGUGGACGUGGACGUGGUCAUGGACGUGGACGUGGACGUGGACGUGGUCGUGGACGUGGACGUGGUCGUGGACGUGGACGUGGACGUGGUCGUGGAUGUGGACGUGGACGUGGACGUGGACGUUGUCGUGGAUGUGGUCGUGGAUGUGGACGUGGUCGUGGACGUGGACGUGGAUGUGGACGUGGACGUAGACGUGGUCGUGGACGUGGACGUAGACGUGGCCGUGGAUGUGGCCGUGGACGUGGACGUGGACGUGGUCAUGGACGUGGACGUGGACGUGGACGUGGACGGGGACGUGGACGUGGACGUGGUCGUGGACGGGGACGUGGACGUGGACGUGGAGGUGAACGUGGUCGUGGACGUGGUGGACGUGGACGUGGACGUGGAGGACGUGGACGUGGACGUGGAGGACGAGGACGUGGACUUGGACGUGGAUGUGGACGUGGACGUGGACGUGGACCUGGUCGUGGACGUGGACGUGGACGUGGACUUGGACUUGGACGUGGACGUGGACGUGGACGUUGUCGUGGAUGUGGUCGUGGACGUGGACGUGGACGUGGACUUGGACUUGGACGUGGACGUGGACGUGGACACGGACGUGGUCGUGGACGUGGUCGUGGACGUGGACGUGGACGUGGACGUGGACCUAGACGUGGACGUGGACGUGGACGUGGACGUGGACGUGGUCGUGGACGUGGACGUGGACGUGGUCGUGGACGUGGACGUGGACGUGGUCGUGGACGUGGACGUGGACGUGGUCGUGCAUGUGGACGUGGACGUGGACGUGGACGUGGUCGUGGACGUGGUCGUGGACGUGGUCGUGGACGUGGACGUGGACUUGGAGGACGUGGACGUGGACGUGGUCGUGGACGUGGACGUGGACAUGGACUUGGAUGUGGACAUGGCCGUGGACGUAGACGUGGACGUGGACGUGGUCGUGGACGUGGACAUGGACGGGGACGUGGACGUGGCCGUGGACGUGGACGUGGCCGUGGACGUGGACGUGGACGUGGACGUGGACGUGGUCGUGGUCGUGGACGUGGUGGACGUGGACGUGGACGUGGAGGACGUGGACGUGGACGUGGUCGUGGACGUGGACUUGGACGUGGACAUGGACGUGGACGUGGAGGUGGACGUGGUCGUGGACGUGGUGGACGUGGACGUGGACGUGGUCGUGGACGUAGACGUGGACGUGGACGUGGAGGACGAGGACGUGGACGUGGACCUGGACGUGGACGUGGACUUUGACGUGGACGUGGACGUGGACGUGGACGUGGACGUGGACGUGGUUGUGGACGUGGUCGUGGACGUGGACGUGGACGCGGUCAUGGACGUGGACGUGGACGUGGACGUGGUCGUGGACGUGGACCUGAACGUGGACGUGGACGUGGUUGUGGACGUGGUCGUGGACGUGGUCGUGGACGUGGACGUGGACGUGGACGUGGUGGACGUGGACGUGGACGUGGACUUUGACGUGGAGGUGGACGUGGUCGUGGAUGUGGUGGACGUAGACGUGGACGUGGACGUGGAGGACGUGGACGUGGACCUGGACCUGGACUUGGACGUGGACGUGGACGUGGACGUGGUCGUGGACGUGGUCGUGGACAUGGACGUGGACGUGGACGUGUACGUGGACCUAGACGUGGACGUGGACGUGGACGUGGACGUGGACGUGGUCGUGGACGUGGACGUGGACAUGGACGUGGACGUGGUCGUGGACGUGGACGUGGUCGUGGACGUGGACGUGGACGUGGACGUGGACGUGGACAUGGACGUGGACGUGGUUGUGGACGUGGACGUGGACGUGGACGUGGAGGACGUGGACGUGGACGUGGACGUGGAAUACGUGGACAUGGACGUGGACGUGGAGGACGUCGACGAGGACUUGGACUUGGACUUGGACGUGGACGUGGACGUGGUCGUGGUCGUGGACGUGGUCGUGGACAUGGACGUGGACGUGGACGUGUACGUGGACCUAGACGUAGACGUGGACGUGGACGUGGACGUGGUCAUGGACGUGGACGUGGACAUGGACGUGGACGUGGUCGUGGACGUGGACGUGGUCGUGGACGUGGACGUGGACGUGGUCGUGGACGUUGUCGUGGACGUGGUCGUGGAUGUGGACGUGGUCGUGGACGUGGACGUGGACGUGGAGGUGGACUUGGAGGACGUGGACGUGGACGUGGACGUGGACGUGGACGUGGACGUGGACGUGGUUGUGGACAUAGACGUGGACGUGGACGUGGAGGUGGACGUGGUCGUGGACGUGGUGGACGUGGACGUGGACGUGGAGGACGUGGACGUUGACGUGGACCUGGACGUGGACGUGGUCUUGGACGUGGACGUGGUCGUGGACGUGGACGUGGACGUGGACCUGGACGUGGAUGUGGACGUGGACGUGGUCGACGUGGACGUGGACGUGGACGUGGUCGUGGACGUGGACGUGGACGAGGACGUGGACUUGGACGUGGACAUGGACGUGGACGUGGACGUGGACGUGGACGUGGACGAGGACUUGGACUUGGACGUGGACGUGGACGUGGACGUGGUCGUGGACGUGGUCGUGGACGUGGACGUGGACGUGGACAAGUACGUGGACCUAGACGUGGACGUGGACGUGGACGUGGUCAUGGACGUGGACCUGGACGUGGUCGUGGACGUGGACCUGGACGUGGUCGUGGACGUGGACGUGGACGUGGUCGUGGAUGUGGACGUGGACGUGGACGUGGAUGUGGACGUGGACGUGGACGUGGACGUGGACGUGGACGUGGUCGUGGAUGUGGACGUGGACGUGGACGUGGACGUGGAUGUGGACGUGGACGUAGACGUGGUCGUGGACGUGGACGUAGACGUGGCCGUGGAUGUGGUCGUGGACGUGGACGUGGACGUGGUCAUGGACGUGGACGUGGACGUGGACGUGGACGGGGACGUGGACGUGGACGUGGUCGUGGACGUGGACGUGGACGUGGACGUGGAGGUGGACGUGGUCGUGGACGUGGUGGACGUGGACGUGGAGGACGAGGACGUGGACUUGGACGUGGAUGUGGACGUAGACGUGGACGUGGACCUGGUCGUGGACGUGGACGUGGACGUGGACUUGGACUUGGACGUGGACGUGGACGUGGACGUUGUCGUGGAUGUGGUCGUGGACGUGGACGUGGACGUGGACUUGGACUUGGACGUGGACGUGGACGUGGACACGGACGUGGUCGUGGACGUGGUCGUGGACGUGGACGUGGACGUGGACGUGGACCUAGACGUGGACGUGGACGUGGACGUGGACGUGGUCGUGGACGUGGACGUGGACGUGGUCGUGGACGUGGACGUGGACGUGGUCGUGGACGUGGACGUGGACGUGGUCGUGCAUGUGGACGUGGACGUGGACGUGGACGUGGUCGUGGACGUGGUCGUGGACGUGGACGUGGACGUGGACGUGGACUUGGAGGACGUGGACGUGGUCGUGGACGUGGACGUGGACAUGGACUUGGAUGUGGACAUGGCCGUGGACGUAGACGUGGACGUGGACGUGGUCGUGGACGUGGACAUGGACGGGGACGUGGAAGUGGCCGUGGAUGUGGACGUGGAUGUGGACGUGGACGUGGUCGUGGUCGUGGACGUGGUGGACGUGGACGUGGACGUGGAGGACGUGGACGUGGACGUGGUCGUGGACGUGGACUUGGACGUGGACAUGGACGUGGACGUGGAGGUGGACGUGGUCGUGGACGUGGUGGACGUGGACGUGGACGUGGUCGUGGACGUAGCUGUGGACGUGGACGUGGAGGACGAGGACGUGGACGUGGACCUGGACGUGGACGUGGACUUUGACGUGGACGUGGACGUGGACGUGGACAUGGACGUGGUUGUGGACGUGGUCGUGGACGUGGACGUGGACGUGGUCGUGGACGUGGACGUGGACGUGGUCGUGGACGUGGACCUGAACGUGGACGUGGACGUGGUUGUGGACGUGGUCGUGGACGUGGUCGUGGAUGUGGACGUGGACGUGGACGUGGUGGACGUGGACGUGGACGUGGACUUUGACGUGGAGGUGGACAUGGUCAUGGAUGUGGUGGACGUAGACGUGGACGUGGACGUGGAGGACGUGGACGUGGACUUGGACCUCGACUUGGACGUGGACGUGGACGUGGACGUGGUCGUGGACGUGGUCGUGGACAUGGACGUGGACGUGGACGUGUACGUGGACCUAGACGUGGACGUGGACGUGGACGUGGACGUGGUCGUGGACGUGGACGUGGUCGUGGACGUGGACGUGGUCUUGGACGUGGACGUGGUCGUGGACGUGGACGUGGACGUGGACGUGGACGUGGACAUGGACGUGGUCGUGGACGUGGACGUGGACGUGGACGUGGACGUGGAGGACGUGGACGUGGACGUGGACGUGGAGGACGUGGACGUGGACGUGGACGUGGACGUGGAGGACGUGGACGUGGAGGACGUUGACGAGGACUUGGACUUGGACUUGUACGUGGACGUGGACGUGGACGUGGUCGUGGACGUGGUCGUGGACAUGGACGUGGACGUGGACGUGUACGUGGACCUAGACGUGGACGUGGACGUGGACGUGGACGUGGUCAUGGACGUGGACGUGGACAUGGACGUGGACGUGGUCGUGGACGUGGACGUGGACGUGGUCGUGGACGUGGACGUGGACGUGGUCGUGGACGUUGUCGUGGACGUGGUCGUGGAUGUGGACGUGGUCGUGGACGUGGACGUGGACGUGGACGUGGACUUGGAGGACGUGGACAUGGACGUGGACGUGGACUUGGCCGUGGACAUGGACGUGGACGUGGACGUGGACGUAGACGUGGUCGUGAACGUGGACGUGGACGUAGACGUGGCCGUGGACGUGGACGUGGACGUGGUCAUGGACGUGGACGUGGACGUGGUCGUGGACGUUGUCGUGGACGUGGUCGUGGAUGUGGACGUGGUCGUGGACGUGGACGUGGACGUGGACGUGGACUUGGAGGACGUGGACAUGGACGUGGACGUGGACUUGGCCGUGGACAUGGACGUGGACGUGGACGUGGACGUAGACGUGGUCGUGAACGUGGACGUGGACGUAGACGUGGCCGUGGACGUGGACGUGGACGUGGUCAUGGACGUGGACGUGGACGUGGACGGGGACGUGGACGUGGACGUGGUCGUGGACGUGGACGUGGACGUGGAGGUGGACGUGGUCGUGGACGUGGUGGACGUGGACGUGGACGUGGAGGACGUGGACGUGGACGUGGAAGACAAGGACGUGUACUUGGACGUGGAUGUGGACCUGGACGUGGACGUGGACCUGGUCGUAGACGUGGACAUGGACGUGGACUUGGACUUGGACGUGGACGUGGACGUAGACGUUGUUGUGGACGUGGUCGUGGACGUGGACGUGGACGUGGACUUGGACUUGGACGUGGACGUGGACGUGGACACGGACGUGGUCGUUGACGUGGUCGUGGACGUGGACGUGGACGUGGACCUAGACGUGGACGUGGACGUGGACGUGGACGUGGUCGUGGACGUGGACGUGGACGUGGACGUGGUCGUGGUCGUGGACGUGGUCGUGGACGUGGACGUGGACGUGGUCGUGGAUGUGGACGUGGACGUGGACGUGGACCUAGACGUGGACGUGGACGUGGACGUGGACGUGGUCGUGGACGUGGACGUGGACGUGGACGUGGUCGUGGUCGUGGACGUGGUCGUGGACGUGGACGUGGACGUGGUCGUGGAUGUGGACGUGGUCGUGGACGUGAACGUGGUCGUGGACGUGGACGUGGACUUAGAGGACGUGGACGUGGACGUGGACGUGGUCGUGGACGUGGACGUGGACUUGGACGUGAACAUGGACGUGGACCUGGACGUGGACGUGGACGUGGUCGUGGACGUGGACGUGGACGUGGACGUAGACGUGGCCGUGGACGUGGACGUGGCCGUGGACGUGGACGUGGACGUGGACGUGGACGUGGACGUGGUCGUGGACGUGGACGUGGACGUGGACGUGGACGUGGACGUGGACUUGGCUGUGGACAUGGACGUGGACGUGGACGUGGACGUGGACGUAGACGUGGUUGUGGACGUGGACAUGGACGUAGACGUGGCCGUGGACGUGGACGUCGACGUGGUCAUGGACGUGGACGUGGACGUGGACGGGGACGUGGACGUGGACGUGGUCGUGGACGUGGACGUGGACGUGGAGGUGGACGUGGUCGUGGACGUGGUGGACGUGGACGUGGACGUGGAGGACGUGGACGUGGACUUGGACGUGGAUGUGGACGUGGACGUGGACGUGGACCUGGUCGUGGACGUGGACGUGGACGUGGACUUGGACUUGGACGUGGACGUGGACGUGGACGUUGUCGUGGACGUGGUCGUGGACGUGGACGUGGAUGUGGACUUGGAUUUGGACGUGGACGUGGACGUGGACACGGACGUGGACGUGGACGUGGUCGUGGACGUGGACGUGGUCGUGGACGUGGACGUGGACGUGGACGUGGACCUAGACGUGGACGUGGACGUGGACGUGGACGUGGUCGUGGACGUGGAUGUGGACGUGGACGUGGUCGUGGACGUGGUCGUGGACGUGGACGUGGACGUGGUCGUGGACGUGGACGUGGACGUGGAUGUAGACGUGGCCGUGGACGUGGACGUGGACGUGGUCAUGGACAUGGACGUGGACAUGGACGUGGACGGGGACGUGGACGUGGACGUGGUCGUGGACGUGGACGUGGACGUGGAGGUGGACGUGGUCGUGGACGUGGUGGACGUGGACGUGGACGUGGAGGACGUGGACGUGGACGUGGAGGACGAGGACGUGGACUUGGACGUGGACGUGGACGUGGACCUAGACGUGGACGUGGACGUGGACGUGGACAUGGACGUGGUCGUGGACGUGGACGUGGACGUGGUCGUGGUCGUGGACGUGGUCGUGGACGUGGACGUGGACGUGGUCGUGGAUGUGGACGUGGACGUGGACGUUGACGUGGUCGUCGACGUGGUCGUGGACGUGGACGUGGUCAUGGACGUGGACGUGGACUUGGACGUGGACGUGGACUUGGAUGUGAACAUGGACGUGGACCUGGACGUGGACGUGGACGUGGUCGUGGACGUGGACGUAGACGUGGCCGUGGACGUGGACGUGGCCGUGGACGUGGACGUGGACGUAGACGUGGCCGUGGACGUGGACGUGGCCGUGGACGUGGACGUGGACGUGGUCGUGGACGUGGACGUGGACGUAGACGUGGACGUGGAGGUGGACGUGGUCGUGGAUGUGGUGGACGUGGACGUGGACGUGGAGGACGUGGACGUGGACGUGGAGGACGAGGACGUGGACGUGAACCUGGACGUGGACGUGGACUUGGAUGUGGACGUGGACGUGGACGUGGACGUGGUUGUGGACGUGGACGUGGACGUGGACGUGGACGUGGUCGUGGACGUGGUCGUGGACGUGGACGUGGUCGUGGACGUGGACGUGAACGUGGACGUGGACGUGGUUGUGGACGUGGUCGUGGACGUGGAUGUGGACGUGGUCGUGGACGUGGACGUGGAAGUGGACGUGGUGGAUGUGGACGUGGACGUGGAAGUGGACUUUGACGUGGAGGUGGACGUGGUCGUGGACGUGGUGGACGUGGACGUGGACGUGGAGGACGUAGACGUGGAUGUGGACCUGGACGACGUGGACGUGGACGUGGAGGACGUGGACCUGGACGUGGACGUGGACGUGGACGUGGUCAUGGACGUGGACGUGGAUGUGGACGUGGACUUGGACUUGGAUGUGGACGUGGACGUGGACGUGGACGUGGAGUUGGACUUGGACGUGGACGUGGACGUGGUCGUGGACGUAGACUUGGACGUGGACGUGGACCUUGACGUAGACGUGGACGUGGACGUGUACGUGGACGUAGACGUGGACUUGAACGUGGACGUGGACGUGGACGUGGUGGACGUGGACGUGGACGUGGACGUGGUCGUGGACGUGGACGUGGACGUGGACGUGGUCGUGGACGUGGACGUGGACGUGGUCGUGGAUGUGGACGUGGACGUGGUCGUGGACGUGGACCUGGACGUGGACGUGGUUGUGGACGUGGACGUGGACGUGGUCGUGGACGUGGACGUGGACGUGGACGUGGUCGUGGACGUGGACGUGGUCGUGGACGUGGACGUGGACGUGGUCGUGGACGUGGACGUGGACGUGGACGUGGACGUGGACGUGGACUUUGACGUGGAGGUGGACGUGGUCGUGGACGUGGUGGACGUGGACGUGGACGUGGACGUGGAGGACGUGGACGUGGACGUGGACCUGGACGUGGACGUGAACUUGGACGUGGACGUGGACGUGGACGUGGACGUAGACGUGGUCGUGGUCGUGGACGUGGACGUGGUCGUGGACGUGGACGUGGUCGUGGACGUGGAUGUGGACGUGGACGUGGACGUGGACGUGGAGGACGUGGACGUGGACGUGGAGGACGUGGACGUGGACGUGGACCUGGACGACGUGGAUGUGGACGUGGAGGACGUGGACGUGGACGUGGACGUGGAGGACGUGGACGUGGACGUGGACCUGGACGUGGACGUGAACUUGGACGUGGACGUGGACGUGGACGUGGACGUGGACGUGGUCGUGGUCGUGGACGUGGACGUGGACGUGGUCGUGGACGUGGACGUGGACGUGGACGUGGACGUGGACGUGGUCGUGGACGUGGACCUGGACGUGGACGUGGUGGACGUGGACGUGGACGUGGACGUGGACGUGGUCGUGGACGUGGUGGACGUGGUGGACGUGGACGUGGACGUGGACGUGGAGGACGUGGACGUGGACGUGGAUGUGAACUUGGACGUGGACGUGGACGUGGUCGUGGACGUGGACGUGGUCGUGGACGUGGACAUGGACGUCGACGUGGACAUGGACGUGGACUUGGACGUGGACGUGGACGUGGACGUGGACGUGGUUGUGGUUGUGGACGUGGACGUGGACGUGGUCGUGGUUGUGGACGUGGUCGUGGACGUGGACGUGGACGUGGUCGUGGACGUGGACGUGGACGUGGACGUGGUGGACGUGGACGUGGACGUGGAGGUGGACGUGGUCGUGGACGUGGUGGACGUGGACGUGGACGUGGAGGACGUGGACGUGGACGUGGACCUGGAGGUGGACGUGAACUUGGACGUGGACGUGGACGUGGACGUGGUCGUGGACGUGGUCGUGGACGUGGACGUGGACUUGGACGUGGACAUGGACGUGGACGUGGACUUGGACGUGGACGUGGACGUGGACGUGGACGUGGUCGUGGACGUGGACGUAGACGUGGUCGUGGACGUGGACGUGGUCGUGGACGUGGACGUGGACGUGGUCGUGGACGUGGACGUGGACGUAGACGUAGACGUGGACGUGGACGUGGUCGUGGACGUGGACGUGGACGUGGAUGUGGAUGUGGUCGUGGAUGUGGACGUGGACGUGGUCGUGUCACGUGGACGUGGUCGUGGACGUGGACGUGGACGUGACGUGGUCGUGGACGUGGACGUGGACGUGGACGUGGACGUGGACGUAGACAUGGACGUGGAGGACGUGGACGUGGUCGUGGACGUGGACGUGGACCUGGACCUGGACGUGGACGUGGACGUGGACGUGGACGUGGUCGUGGACGUGGUCGUGGACGUGGACGUGGACGUGGUCGUGGACGUGGACUUGGACGUGGACGUAGACAUGGACGUGGACGUGGUCGAGCACGUGGAUGUGGACGUGGACGUUGACGUGGACGUGGACGUGGACUUGGACGUGGACGUGGACGUGGACGUGGUCGUGGUCGUGGACGUGGAUGUGGACGUCGACGUGCACGUGGACGUGGUCGUGGACGUGGACGUGGACUUGGACUUGGACGUGGACGUGGUCGUGGACGUGGACGUGGAUGUGGACGUGGACUUGGACGUGGAGAUGGACGUGGACGUGGACGUGGAAGUGGACGUAGACGUGGACGUGGACGUGGAGGACGUGGACGUGGACGACGUGGACGUGGACGUGGUCGUGGACGUGGACGUGGACAUGGACGUGGUCGUGGACGUGGUGGAUGUAGACGUGGACGUGGACGUGGAUGUGAGAGUGGACGUGGACGUGGAGGACGUGGACGUGGACGUGGAGGACGUGGACGUGAAAGUGGACGUGGACGUGGACCUGGACCUGGACGUGGACGUGGACGUGGACGUGGACGUGGUCGUGGACGUGGUCGUGGAUGUGGACUUGGACGUGGACGUGGUGGACGUGGACGUGGACGUGGAGGUGGACGUGGUCGUGGACGUGGUGGACGUGGACGUGGACGUGGACGUGGAGGACGUGGACGUGGACGUGGACCUGGACGUGGACGUGGACGUGGACGUGGACGUGGACGUGGACGUGGUCGUAGACGUGGACGUGGACGUGGUGGACGUGGACGUAGACGUGGACGUGGACUUUGACGUGGAGGUGGACGUGGUCGUGGACGUGGUGGACGUGGACGUGGUCGUGGACGUUGACGUGGACGUGGACGUGGACGUGGACGUAGACGUGGACGUGGACGUGGACUUGGACUUGGACGUGGACGUGGACGUGGACGUGGAGUUAGACUUGGACGUGGACGUGGACGUGGUCGUGGACGUAGACUUGGACGUGGACGUGGACGUGGAGUUGGACUUAGACGUGGACGUGGACGUGUACGUGGACGUAGACGUGGACUUGAACGUGGACGUGGACGUGGACGUGGUCGUGGACGUGGUCGUGGACGUGGACGUGGACCAGGACGUGGACUUGGACGUGGACGUGGUCGUGGACGUGGACGUGGACGUGGACGUGGUCGUGGACGUGGACGUGGACGUGGAGGUGGACGUGGACGUGGACGUGGACGUGGUCGUGGACGUGGACGUGGACGUGGUCGUGGACGUGGACGUGGUUGUGGACGUGGACGUGGACGUGGACGUGGACGUGGAGGUGGACGUGGACGUGGACGUGGACGUCGACGUGGUUGUGGACGUGGACGUGGACGUGGACGUGGACGUGGUCGUGGACGUGGACGUGGACGUGGACGUGGUCGUGGACGUGGACGUGGACGUGGUCGUGGACGUGGACGUGGACGUGAUCGUGGACGUGGACGUGGACGUGGACGUGGUCGUGGAUGUGGACGUGGACGUGUUCGUGGACGUGGACGUGGACGUGGACGUGGUCGUGGACGUGGACGUGGACGUGGUCGUGGACGUGGACGUGGACGUGGACAUGGUCGUGGACGUGGAGGACGUGGUCGUGGACGUGGACAUGGACGUGGCCGUGGACGUGGACGUGGACGUAGACGUGGCCGUGGACGUGGACGUGGCCGUGGACGUAGACGUGGACGUGGACGUAGACGUGGUCGUGGACGUGGACGUGGACGUGGACGUGGACGGGGACGUGGACGUGAAGGUGGUCGUGGACGUGGACGUGGACGUGGACAUGGAGGUGGACGUGGUCGUGGACGUGGUGGACGUGGACGUGGACGUGGAGGACGUGGACGUGGACGUGGAGGACGAGGACGUGGACGUGGACGUGGAGGACGAGGACGUGGACGUGGAGGACGUGGACGUGGACCUGGACGACGUGGACGUGGACGCGGAGGACAUGGACGUGGACGUGGACGUGGACGUGGUUGUGGACGUGGACGUGGACGUGGACGUGGACUUGGACUUGGACGUGGACGUGGACGUGGACGUGGAGUUGAACUUGGACGUGGACGUUGACGUGGUCGUGGACGUAGACUUGGACGUGGACGUGGACCUUGACGUAGAUGUGGACGUGGACGUGUACGUGGACGUAGACGUGGACUUGAACGUAGACGUGGACGUGGACGUGGUCGUGGACGUGGUCGUGGACGUGGACGUGGACGUGGACCUGGACGUGGACGUGGACGUGGACGUGGUCGUGGACGUGGACGUGGACGUGGAGGUGGAGGUGGACGUGGACGUGGACGUGGUCGUGGACGUGGACGUGGACGUGGUCGUGGUCGUGGACGUGGACGUGGACGUCGACGUGGUCGUGGACGUGGACGUGGACGUGGACGUGGUCGUGGACGUGGACGUGGACGUGGACGUGGACGUGGACUUGGACGUGGACGUAGAGGUGGACGUGGACGUGGUCGUGGAGGUGAACGUGGACUUGGACGUGGCCGUGGUCGUCGACGUGACCGUGGACGUGGAUGUGGACGUGGACCUGGUCGUGGACGUGGACGUGGAGGACGAGGACGUGGACGUGGACCUGGACGUGGGUGUGGACUUGGACGUGGUUGUGGACGUGGUCGUGGACGUGGACGUGGACGUGGACGUGGACAUGGUCGUGGACAUGGACGUGGACGUAGACGUGGUCGUGGACGUGGAUGUGGACGUGGACGUGGACGUGGUUGUGGACGUGGUCGUGGAUGUGGACGUGGACGUGGUCGUGGACGUGGACGUGGACGUGGUGGACGUGGACGUGGACGUGGAGGUGGACGUGGUCGUGGACGUGGUGGACGUGGACGUGGACGUGGAGGACGUGGACGUGGACCUGGACGUGGACGUGAACUUGGACGUGGACGUGGACGUGGACGUGGUCGUGGACGUGGACGUGGUCGUGGACGUGGACGUGGACGUGGACGUGGACAUGGACGUGGACUUGGACGUGGACGAGGACGUGGACGUGGACGUGGACGUGGUCGUGGACGUGGACGUGGAUGUGGACGUGGUCGUGGAUGUGGACGUGGUCGUGGAUGUGGACGUGGACGUGGUCGUGUCACGUGGACGUGGUCGUGGACGUCGACGUGGACGUGACGUGGUCGUGGACGAGGACGUGGACGUGGACGUGGACCUGGACGUGGACGUGGUCGUGGUCGUGGACGUAGACGUGGACGUGGAGGACGUGGACGUGGUCGUGGACGUGGACCUGGACCUGGACCUGGACCUGGACGUGGACGUGGACGUGGACGUGGUCGUGGUCGUGUACGUGGACGUGGUCGUGGACGUGGACAUGGACGUGGUCGUGGACGUGGACUUGGACGUGGACGUAGACGUGGACGUGGACGUGGUCGAGCACGUGGACGUGGACGUGGACGUUGACGUGGACGUGGACUUGGACGUGGACGUGGACGUGGACGUGGUCGUGGUCGUGGACGUGGAUUUGGACGUCGACGUGGACGUGGACGUGGUCGUGGACGUGGACGUGGACGUGGACGUGGACGUGGAGAUGGACGUGGACGUGGACGUGGAAGUGGACGUAGACGUGGACGUGGACGUGGAGGACGUGGACGUGGAC